GAAAAAAUAAUGGCUUCCCACUUAUAAAUUAAUAUAAGUAAUGUCAGAUAAAUUGAUUGCGAUUGUUUAAUAUUGCCUUAGGUUUGUUAAACAAGAUGGUCGUUUUAAUCAAAAUUCAAAUUUUUUUUCUAGCUGCGGCUGGUAUUUACGCUUACCAAGGUUCUGAAGAAACCGAAGGACUUAUACCAUAUAACCUGGAAAUGCGAGAUAAACCUACUAAAACGACUAACGAUUCAUUAUCAGCUCUUCUUAAUUCUAAUAAUCAGGGAAAGAAAAAGGUGUCCUUGACUCCUAAAGAACUGGCUCAUUUAAUUGCUUCUUCCCUAAUUCAGAGUUUAAUAAGACCACGAAUGUUUUCGGAUUCAGGUAAUGUGCAGUUGGAUAUGGGAGACGAAAAUAUAAGUGCUGAUGUAAUGUUGGAUGAGAGAGAAGCCGAAGAAUUGAUCAAAGAAGCAUCAGAUUUGGAUUUACUACAAUAAAUUUAACUAAAUAUUAGAUACAUUGAAAUAUUGUAUAUUAAGUACUCAAUAAAUUAUUUGUAUUGACAAA